UACAGUCGCAAAAAAGGUUGGGAACCACUGCCCUAAAGCCCAAACUAAAAUCUCAUACGCUGCUGUCCCUAAGUGCAUGUAGGCCUAGAUGGGAGGGAGCAGAAUGGUUCUGCUAUUGAUUGCUUCUGCCUGCGAGUGGUAUCAGUUUGCUGAACAGAGCAGGGAUGGGCAUGUGUGUUCACGUAUGUGCAGUACUAGGUCAGGCUGAGUAUCAGGGACGUGGGUCCAGCUUUCUGAAGGAUCCGGUGUCAUGCAUGUUAGACUCGGAGGGUAUUAGGGAGCUGACAUUCAGAGCUUUACAAGUGGAAAGUCUUUUAAGUGACAGAAUGUAUGAAGACAUCACGUCCCAUCUCUCUUACUUUGAAGAAGCAAAAGUCAACUUUGCAAACCUACAGCAGACUGAUGCCAUCAGAGUUGUGUACCAAGUACUUAAAAGCUGUCCACCAGGAGCACUGAAAAGGAAAGCAAAGUGCUUACUCUCCAAAUGGAAACUCUUGUACAAGGACAGCUGUCUUCAUAUUAGUACAGUUCAGGAGAAGUUUACAGGUGAACAAGAACAGUCUGACAAGGCAGCUGUUACUACUAUGACGCAAACUCAAGACGUUGCACAAUGCACGACAGAUCUGGAGAAUACGAUUAGUCAUUCCUCUACUAAAACUGGAGAAGUAGAUCUGAAUCAAAGGUCAGGUUCACAAGAGGCAUGCAGUAACCGGCUCUGUACAGGUAAACAAGAGCAGCAGAAAAUGAGUGUUGAGGACCUGAGAAUGAAGUGCAGAGAACUGUUGUAUCAGGCUUUGGCAGAUACUUCACAAUGCCAAGAGAAAGUCCAAGAGUAUGGAAGGGAACUUGAGGAAAGCAUCUACAGUCUGUACGCUGUGAAUGAAAAGAAGUACAGAAGCUGCAUACGUAGUAAAAUUUCCAAUCUGAAAAAUCCUAAAAAUAUGCACUUGAAAAAGCUAAUAUUUUCUGGAACGCUGUCCCCCAUGACAUUUGCUGGAAUGACCGCUAUGGAGAUGGCAAAUGAGGAGCUCCGAGACCUCAGAGCUAGCUAUACUCAGGCUGGAGUCCAGGAACAUCAGCUUCCCCAGUGCACUGAUGGAGUCCAGACUAGUAAAAUUAAAUGUAGGAAAUGUGAGCGGUUUAAUUGUACGGUGACCAUGAUUUCUCGAGGGAUUCUCUUCCUGCCUGGCUGGGUACGCUCAGGGAAUCCUGAUGAAGAGAUGAUGACAUUUGUCAUUUGUAAUGAGUGUGGUGAACAAUGGUAUCAUAGCGGAUGGAUAUGCCUGUGAAUGAGUAUGUAAACUUUUAUUCACAGAAUUUGCACUGUCGUGCGGUAAUAACUCAAUAAGGAAUUAUGGUGAUAAAAAUGAUUAAUUAUGAAAAAUAAAAAAUUAUGAAAAUUGUUAAAAAUAUCAAAAUUAUGACCUGGUGAAUUGUAGACAAAGCUAAUCAAUACAAUUCACAUCUGAGUCCGACUAUUUCCUCAGAUAUCAACAAGUUCUUUUUAUGAUGGGAUGACAUUAACGCUUAAAGGAGUUCUCUAAGCAAAAACUUUUAACCCCCGCUGUGCCCGGGCUGUAAAACUAUACAUAAUAAACUUUCACUUACCUGCCUACGAUCCC